AAACCACAGGCCCCGCCCCCAAGCCAGCCCCCGCCCCUCGCCGUCACGCGCCGCGCGGGUUCCGGGUGCGGGCGGCGCGCGCAGCAGCCCCCCCCCCGCGCCCCCAACCCGGCCAUGAGCGGCAACGCGACGGCUCCCAGCGCUCCCAGCGCUCCCAGCACGGGCGACUCGCUGGUGGGCUCCGUGCUGGGCCCCUUCGUCUUCCUCACCCUCCUGGGCGCCGUCGUGGCCGCGGUGAUGUACGUCCAGAAGAAGCGGAGCACCCCGUCCCCGCUCAGCGCCCGUCCCCGCGCCAGGGCGGAGCGGCUGCGGCACCGCCUGCUGCCCAUGUACAGCUACGACCCCGCCGAGGAGCUGCACGAGGCCGAGCAGGAGCUGCUGGUGGAGGCCGACGACCCCCGGGUGGUGCCCGGCUUGGGGGGCCGCGGGCAGUGGAAGGCCUGAUGCUGCCCACGGGGCGGGGGCCGGAUCCUGCCGCCCCCCCCCCACGCUGGAGGCACCGGAGGACGGCGUCGGCACAGCAGCAGCGGGGGUGACGCCGGGGGGGCGUCUCCCACCUUCACGCACCUUUUUUUUUUUUUUUUUUUUUUUUUUUUUUGCUGGUUUUCGUUGGAAAAAAAAAAAAAAAAACCGCCCCCAAAAAAGCCCCUUAAACGCGCUGGGAACGGGAUGCGGGGGGCACAGCCCCGGGGGGGGGGGGGGGCUCCGGGCGGCCCCGUUUGCGGGGACACAGGGUGGGGGGGGGGGGGGGGGGGCUGGACACCCCCCCCCAGGGGCAAAUAAACGGGUUUCUUUGCAAUAAACGCGGUGCUGCUGCUUUC